UGGUCCUGCCCUCAUCAUGUUAUCAAGUCGGACAUUUCGAGUUUCCUAUUUCCGACUAAUACGUGAACGCGGCAUUACACUUUCAGGCUACAGAACUGAAAACUGAGAAGUGUUAUAGAAUAGAGCAAUAUAGGAGUACCCAUUCAUCACUUCACUUUCACGGACAGGUUUGUUCAGUGCCUAUCUAUUCAGUGUUGACCAACAUUGAUUAGCCACACCUUCACCAUGUUGCACUGGCCAGAGAACCACCAGGUGGCUGUGGUGUCAGUCCUGCUGUGCUGGUUGACCCUGUGCUGGUGCAGCCCUGACCCCAGGCUCAGAGAGUCUCUGAUGCAGCAGGAGGCCUCCCGGCAGACAGGGGGCAGACUGCUGCUGACAGAGGCAGAGCUGCGGCUCAGUGCACAGCUGCACAAACUGAAGGAGCAGGAGAUGAAGAGCUCAGACUUCCCUCCUGCCUUGCACUUCUUCAAGGCGAAGCCACUCAUCCAGCGCAGCCUCAUCUACAGCCUACUGCAGAGGAUGCCCAAAGGAGCAGCACUUCAUGUCCAUGACUUCUCCAUGGUGGGAGUGGAGUGGCUGGUAAGGAAUGUGACGUACCGGCCACAUUGCUACAUGUGCAUUACAGAGGACCAGUCAGUUCGGUUACUCUUCUCCUCUGGUCAGCCCAAACCAAAACCUCAGUGCUCUUCUUGGAUGCUGCUGGAGUCCCUGAGGGCCAAAACAGGCAAUACCACUGACCUUGACAAUAGCCUCAUCCGCAACCUUACACUCUUCACUGAGGACCCAGAGGAUGCCUAUCCCAGCCAAGAUGCCGUUUGGAAAAGGUUUGAGCAGACGUUCACUUCGGCUUGGGGACUAGUCACCUACGCUCCUGUGUUCAAGGACUAUUACUAUGAGGGCCUGAGGCAGUUCUACAUGGAUAGUAUCAUGUAUCUGGAGCUGAGGGCUUUGCUUCCAGAGACAUACGAGCUGGAUGGGAGCACACAUGACAGUGCCUGGGGCCUCAAGACCUAUCAGGACGUGACCAGGCAGUUUGUGUCAGAGCACCCAGACUUCCUGGGAGCUCGUGUCAUCUUCACUGUGCACAGGCGGCUGAAUGCGUCAAUGGCAUGGAAGGCAGUGGAGGAGGCUAUGAACCUACAGAAAGCCUUUCCAGAGAUCAUGGCUGGAUUUGACCUAGUGGGUCGGGAAGAUAGUGGAAGACCCCUCUGGUACUUCAAGGAGGCCUUGUCUCUGCCAGGCGAGAGAGGAGUCAACCUUCCAUUCUUCUUCCACGCAGGAGAGACUGAUGAAGAGGGCACUGAUGUGGAUGGGAACCUACUGGAUGCUUUACUGUUCAACACGUCUCGCAUCGGCCAUGGCUUUGCCCUGCUGCGCCACCCUGUGGCCAAGGCCCUCUCUAGGGGGAAAGGGGUGGCUGUAGAGGUGUGCCCCAUCUCCAACCAGGUACUGAAACUGGUCUCAGACCUGCGGAAUCACCCAGCUGCUGUUCUGAUGUCAGAGGGCCAUCCCCUGGUGAUCAGUUCAGACGACCCUGCCAUGUUUGGAGCUUCUGGCCUCUCCCAUGAUUUUUACGAGGCGUUUGUGGGUUUAGGUGGAAUGAACUCUCACAUAGGAACGCUCAAGGAACUGGCCAUGAACUCCAUCAGGUACAGCUCUCUGUCGCCACAGCUGAAGGAGAAAGCAUUGGAUUUGUGGCAGAGAAAAUGGGACAAGUUUGUCUCAGAGAACUCACAAUAGAGUCCUGCUGGAGCAGAGUCUGGGGCAGAAGAGUGGUCAUUCGGACGCUGACUGUGACAGUGGGAUCACCCCAGUCUGUGAGCCUGUUGCUUGUGCCCCAUAGGAAGGGAAUGAUAUUUGGCAUGCUGGUCCCAAAUGGACACACAAUUAGAAAUGUUGUUCAAAAUUCAGACAAGGGAAAGGAUGUAGGUGUUAUUGAAACAAUUUUUGGUAUUUUUCUUUGCCUACGAAGCUGUAGACAGUUUGGCAAAUUGGGUUGAGAAGGAAAAAGAGAACGUUCCUAUCGCCCUCACAUGGAUAGGGUGUGUAUAACACUCCUGUAAGAAAUCAAUCAGCAGACCACACUGCUGUCAACUCCUACAAAAUGGAGGCCCCUGACAGAAGUUGUGUACACUAGUCAAGGAGUCAUGAAGGAAGCUGUUUUUUCUCACAAAGGCAUUUGAUCAUUAUUAUUUCAGUGGCAGAGAAUUGUAUUUGCACUGUAAUCGUGAAUUCAAGGAGACUCUACAUGGUAAUAGAGCACUGUGAGAAAAGGCUUACACUGAAUGAACCGACCAGCUAGUCUUUGAUUUCUUUAAUAGCAUUUUAUGCUGGUAAUGUGAUUUUAAAUGGAGAACAUGUGCAUUUGUACAGAUUUAAUUCAUUAUACAGAUACUCUUAUUUUAACAAGGGACACGUUAUGACAAAUGCAUGCAGAACAGUAGGCAAUGCCUUAUUCAUACACACUUUUCUAUGAAGACUUUUGAUUGUAUUUUUUUUAGUUGUGAAAUAGUUUUGAAUUAUGGGAAGGAAAACAUCAGAUUUGUUCAUUUUUC